AUGCACACAGGGCAUGAGGCAGGCCGCUCUGACAGGGCGAAGCAGGCCAGGCCACGUGCGGAUUUGCGACAGCCCCCCGAGCCGACCCAGGUGCGCGGGACGCCCUUGUCUCGAGCUGCCGCGCCUUCGGGUUCCGGGCUCCCCUCCGCCGCGGCGCCCCGACUCUCCGAGGCGCGCCAGGUCUACAGCCCCCCCGCCCCUUCGGGAGCUGCCAGUGCAUCUGGCGGCGGCGGCCCUCCCAGAAGCCCUCGGCUCCGCCCCACGCCGUCCCGCCGCCUCUCGGGCCCCAGGAAGCCGCGCCUCCUCCGGGGCCUCCCUCCGCCCCCCGCCUCUGGAGGCCCGACGGGCGGCGGCGGGGGGCGGGCAGAAGAGCGGAGGGAGGUGCUUCCGGGACAGAGGGCGGGCAAGAUGGCGGCGCCCAUGGAGCUGUUCUGCUGGGCUGGGGGCUGGGGGCUGCCGUCAGUGGACCUGGACAGCCUGGCGGUGCUGACCUAUGCCAGAUUUACUGGUGCCCCCCUCAAGGUGCACAAGAUCACCAACCCCUGGCGGAGUCCUUCAGGAACUCUGCCUGCCCUGCGGACCAGCCACAGAGAGGUCAUCUCGGUACCACACAAGAUCAUCACCCACCUUCGAAAAGAGAAGUACAAUGCCGAUUACGAUCUGUCUGCCCGCCAAGGGGCAGACACCUUGGCCUUCAUGUCUCUGCUGGAAGAGAAGCUGCUCCCAGUGCUGGUGAGUGUGCCCAGGCCUGCCAGUGUCCAUGGCCAGCGAGGGAGGGGGCAGGCACCCCGCCAGGCUUGGCACGGGGAUCAGAAGCCCACCCGGAGUCGGGCAGGUGCACUGGCCCAGACCUGCCUCGCCCUUCCUGUGUACCCAAUGCAGAUCCAUACGUUUUGGGUGGACAGCAAGAACUACGUGGAAGUGACCCGGAAGUGGUACGCAGAGGCCAUGCCCUUUCCCCUCAACUUCUUUCUGCCUGGCCAUAUGCAGCGGCAGCACCUGGAGCGGCUGCAGCUGCUGUGUGGGGAGCACAGGCCUGAGGGCGAGGAGGAGCUGGAGAAGGAGCUGUACCAAGAGGCUCUGGAAUGCCUGACCCUCCUUGCUCAGCGCCUGGGCUCUCAGAAAUUCUUCUUUGGAGAUGCGGCCACUCCAUCCCGCCCCUCCGUCUGCUUCAGCCCCGCCUCCCUAGAUGCCUUUGUCUUCAGCUACCUGGCGCUGCUGCUACAGGCGAAGCUGCCCAGUGGGAAGCUGCAGGCCCACCUGCGGGGGCUGCCCAACCUCUGUGCCUACUGCACCCACAUCCUCAGCCUCUAUUUCCCCUGGGACGGAGGUAAGGCCAGAUGGAGGGGGGCCCCUGGGACAAUGGGCAGGGGUCCAGGAACGAGUCUCCCGCCCAUCUUCCUUCCUUGCCCAUCAGCUGAGGUGCCACCUCCACGCCAGACACCAGCGGGCCCGGAGACUGAGGAGGAGCCGUACGGGCGCCGGAACCAGAUCCUCUCCGUGCUGGCGGGGCUGGCGGCCAUGGUGGGCUACGCCUUGCUCAGCGGCAUUGUCUCCAUCCAGCGGGCGGCGCCUGCCCGGACCCCAGACAGGCGGGCCCUGGGCAUGGCCGAGGAGGACGAAGAGGAAUGAUUGGUCCUUGUGCUCCCAGGACUGAGUUUUCUACUGUCAUGCAUUCCAGAGGUCCCUGUGUCUCCCCGUUGUCGGUACAGCCAGAAAUGGGGUGUCCCCCCCCCAGAAUAAACCUGCUCACACUGA